UUUCUUCAUUCUUUGUUUCUUUUCCCCGUUAAUUCUCACAAUUUGACGUCGAUUUGGGGCUCUGGGGCCUCUCCUUUUUAUUCUUUAUUUUUUUUCUCUAUCUAUCUCCUGUUUGUGCGAGUCUGGUAGGAUGAUUAGUUGGCAUGCUUAUAUGAUUUAGAAGGUUGGGCCAUUGAAUUGUCAUCAAUUAGCUAUGGGUGUUGGGAACUCUUGAGCUUUAAUGUUUAUUGCCUAAUAAUACAUGAGAGUGUUUUAGAAUGAGAAAAAUACGCUUAAAACUUUUUUACCUGGUGGGAGAGAGAUUGGAAAUUGAGGAAAGGACAAGAGGACCAAAUUAGUUCAACCACCAAAGAAGGCUAAAAUGGAUCAGUGUGAAUCAAAAAGGAAGGAUGACUUUAAAUACAUAAGAAGUGUAUUCCAUCUAAGGGUAUUGACAAAAAAUUCAAGUGUUUAUGUCGCUCUAAAUCUGCCAAAAAGCUGCUAGAAACAGUUGAACCACAAUGUUUGCUUCGUUCUCAAUUUUUGUCCCAUGUCUAGUUUAGAUAUAAUGUCAACAAUAUUAGGAGAAAGAGAGUAACAGCUGAAUGAAUGUAUUAGGGACGGUUUCUAAAUUGUUUGCUAAGAAAAAACCACUUUAAUUGGCUUUUUUAAAUUGACUUAACGUUGGAGGAGGCCUUUGAGAUGGUUGAUCGCAAUUUAUUGGAUAUGGUCUUGGAGAAAAAGGGCUUUGGCCAGAAGGAAGCAAGUGAAUGUCAGGAUUGAAUUGUAAUGACACUACCACUUUUUUUAUUUUCUCAAUGGAAAACCUCAUAGUAGAAUUGAAGCUUCAAGAGGACAAGUUUUUACCCUACCUUGGUCUCCCGAUUCUCCCCACAAGAUCCCUUAAUACUGCCGUGAAAAUCAAAUAUAGAGACAGCUGACUGUCAAGGAUUGAAGAUCCAAUGGCCUGGAACCUUGUCUAUUGUUCUCCUGGAUGAGGAGGUCCUAAACUUUUUACAUAUUUCCACAUGUGAAACUCCAAAUUAAACACAUUUAAAAAGUUGCAGGCAAGAUUUGUAUUCCCUUUCGGUAUUAGCAGUUGAGUUAGAAAUUGAAGCAUCUGGCUUUGUUUUUUCUUGUAUAUAUCUUCUGUGUUCUGAAAAUAGUGAACCUUCCCCACGUUUUAUGUAUAUGGGAAACUUGAAAUUGCAGAUCUAUAUUUUUAUAGCCAAGAAAGAAGUAGAUGCGCAUAGGAGCCAUGUCCUCAUUUUUAGCGUAGAGAAAUAUUUUUCUUAGAUAUUCGAAACAUUGAUUUUUUUAUCCCUUAGGAUGGGGUAUUGACAAGGUUUCCGUUUUUGUGAAUUUCAUGUUUCUGUUUGGACUGAAGUCCAUAUGCUGAUGGUGGUGAUGGUCGAGAAAUGGGUGCAAAGCGUCAAAGGAUAGUUGAUCAAGGAUCUUCUUAUUAUGGGACCCCUCCGGGUUCUGGGUUUAUGUAUAAUACAAGUCCCUAUGCAUGUGUUAGUCAGCCCCCACCAUUUCCUGUUGUCAGACUACGGGGUCUUCCUUUUGAUUGCAUGGAAACUGAUGUCGUCGAGUUCUUUCAUGGUCUGGACGUAGUUGACAUUCUUUUUGUCCACAAGAAUGGAAAAUUCACAGGGGAAGGCUUUUGUGUUUUGGGUUAUCCUCUGCAGGUUGAUUUUGCCCUUCAAAGGAACAGGCAAAACAUGGGGCGGAGAUACGUCGAGGUAUUCAGGAGUAAUCGACAAGAAUACUACAAGGCCGUAGCAAAUGAAGUUUUUGAUGCAUCGGGUGGGUCACCAAGAAGAACUGCACCCAGGUCAAAGUUAACCGAUGAGGUGAAAGACUCCGCCGAACACACCGGUGUAUUACGCUUGAGGGGUUUGCCAUAUUCCGCAGGCAAGGAUGACAUACUGGACUUCUUCAAAGAUUUUAUCUUAUCAGAAGACUCCAUUCAUUUAACACUGAAUUCAGAGGGGAGACCAAGUGGGGAAGCAUUUGUGGAAUUCUCAAAUGAGCAAGACUCGAAGGCAGCCAUGUCCAAGGAUAGAAUGACCUUAGGUAGCCGUUACAUAGAGUUGUUCCCAUCAUCUCAUGAAGAAUUGGACGAAGCACUCUCUAGAGGACGGUGACACCACCUAUACUUUAUUCACUGUUUUUCUUCAAUUACUAUGUUGUUUUACUUUAGAAACUGUGAGAUUUAUGGAGUUAGAAGUGAAUAGGAGCCAAGUCUGUUUUUUGUACUCUCCAGAACCAUUGUUUGGCAGACGAGCAGCAGGUCGUAUCCCUCGCCUGCUUGAAUUUGUGAAAAGAAUUGGUUUAGUAGUAUAUGGAUUGACCAUUUCUCUGGGCAGAGAUGCUUAAAA